AUGUUUCAGAUGAAUCAAUACGGCUUUCUAGCUGUGCCAUUAAAAUCCACAAGUGAUGUGGAUUUAGUGAAGCCGUUAACUUUGUACAUCGAUACUGUUUAUAAAACAUCAGAGGACAACAAAGCGGAAGUGCUGAAGCCUGUACAAGAACUGAAUAAGCUACGUUCAAAAGCAUGUUGUCAGCCAUUGGAUAAGCAUCAGUCAGCACUCGAUAUAGUCACACGGUACUAUGAUCAACUGGUUGCUAUCGAGAACAAGAUUGUCAUUUCGGCCACGCAAAACCCGGUGGUUUUCAAAUGGAAGGAUGCAUUCGACAAGGGAAGCUUGUUCUUCAGCAAGGCUUCCUUAUCGAUAUCAGAUGGAGCCUUCGAGCGGGCAGCGGUUCUGUUCAACUGUGGUGCCUUGAUGUCGCAUAUUGCAGCUUCUCAGCCUCUUUUAACUGAUGAGGAAAUGAAAACAGCUGCAAAGCUUUUCCAGCAGAGUGCGGGCGUUUUUGCCCGUCUGCGAGAUACAGUGCUGGGAAUGGUCCAGCAGGACCCUACUCCUGAUCUUAUGCCGGACACGCUUGCUGCACUCAGCGCUAUAAUGCUUGGUCAAGCACAGGAGUCCAUCUACAUAAAAGCUUACAAAGACAAAAUGAAGCCAUCCGCCCUCGUAAAGAUCGCAGCGCAAGCGGGAGACUUUUAUCAAGAUGCCCUUAAAGCCAUGAACCGUGAUGCUGUAAAAGGAUUGUGGGAAAAGGAGUGGGUCCAUACUGUUACAGGAAAGAUGUUUGGUUUCCAAGCAAUAUCUCAACUACACCAGGCUGGGAUCAAUGCGGAGCAGCAAGAAAUGAGUGAACAGCUGAGCCGACUAGGCGAAGCGCUGAAAUUGUCAGAAAUGGCAGCAAAGUAUCUACCAGCCGGCUGCCUAUCUGAGCAGCUCAAUUCGAUUCAGAAGAUGUACACCGCAGCUAAAAAGGAUAAUGAUUUCAUUUACCACGAACGCAUAGCUGAUUUCCGUUCUCUCCCUGCUUUGCCACGGGCUGCCUUGGCAAAGGCGCUUCCUGUCACGCAUCCAAUUUCCCCACGCUUCAGAACAUGUUCGCAAGUGUCGUACCAGUACAAGUUCACAAUGCAAUGCAGUGUUAUGAGGGCCGUAAAGCGGAAUUGUAUCCUGGCCUUCCUUGAAUCUGCCAGCUGCUCUGGACGAUGUCACGUCUAUGGACACCUUGCCCGAAUCAAUAAAGCAGAAAUCCUGCUAAGACCAACCGCAAAUUGCUAUCGAGAAAAGGAAAGUGAUGACAAUCUUCGUCGUCAAUUCGGGACGAAAUGGUCACGCAUGAGCAGUGAGCAGUUGACUGGGCCGCUGUUACAGGAAAUCGGUAAGUACCGAGGAAUACUGCACACAGCUUCGAAUGCGGACAAAAUGGUUAAGGAAAAGUUCGAGACGAAUCGAGCUGGUAUCGAAAUGCUGAGUGGAACUGCGCACUUCCAUCCCCCAGUCAAAACACACUCACACAGUUGGCGGGGUCGUCUGAGGCAGAUUUCAAAGCCGUUCGUUCCGACAUUGCCGAUGACCUUUCUGCGAGCAAUGGCUGAAAGUCAGAUUCUCAACGAAGAGCAGAUAUCCAAGGAGAAAAUCCAAGGAGAACAAGUGGAGCAGAGUAUCAAACAGCAGGAUCACAUUAUGGAUGAAGUUCAGACAUGGAAUACUCGCUUCACAAGUGAAAAAUCAGGGUCAGGUACGGGUGCAGAAAGAGAACGUGUGCUCAAAACGCUGGCCACGGCUGCUGACUCUUUCCAUGAACUGAAAGGAAAUCUGGAAGAAGGAACGAAGUUCUACAACGAUCUUACCCCGAUACUGGUGCGGCUUCAACAGAAAGUUAGCGACUUUUCGUUUGCUCGUCAGACGGAGAAGGAGGAUCUGAUGCGCUCAAUGCAGCAGAAUAUCGUUUCCGGAGGAUCUGGUGGUGGAGGAGGUGGUAGUUCGGUUAAGUCGCCUCCUCCUCGUCCGCCUCCGCCUGCUCCUCGCACUGAAGUAGAGCCACCAAUUCCUCCACCGCGAACACAACAGAGCCUGCAAGCCGUCCCUGGUGGAACACCGACAGCACCAAUGCAACAGCUUGCUCCAGCACCUCAGCUUCAACAUCCUGGAUAUUAUCAACAGCCCGUGCCAUAUGGUCAGCCUCAGCCAUUUUUGUACCAGCCACAAUACCAACCAAACUUUGCCAAUCCAUACCCGACCUUCCCUGGAGCGUUUCCGAAUUAUCAGCAAUAUGGCCAAUUCCCUCCCCCACCACAGCAACAAAACCCGUUCGCUCCAGGCUACAAUACACCACAACAAGGGUACAACACGCCACAGCAGUAA